GGGCCGGACCGGCCCACAUUAGGUGCUUGUUUAACCGGCGUCGGGCUUGGUUCCGGGAAGUGCAUAUCGGUGGGGCCACCGCCACAAUCUUCGCAGUUCGAACGGCGUCCUUUGGGCACGGAGUUACAGUAGUCGUUGGUGUACUUCAGCAGUUCUGAACCGCAGCCAUGGCGAUGCAAGCUGGAAUGGGCUUUUCUAAGAUCAUCAUCUUAGUAGGAGCAGGAUACACUGGUACAUUGCUGCUUAACAAUGGCAAGCUUUCUGAUGUAUUGGGCGAACUUCAGGGUUUGGUGAAAGGAUAUGAGGGAAAGCAGGGAGAUGGAGCUGAAGGUGAUUAUUCUGAUGCCAUUGCUGGCCAGGUUCGUCGGUUAGCAAUGGAAGUUCGGCAACUGGCUUCUGCACGUCAGAUCACUGUUUUAAAUGGAGGUUCUGGUGGUAAUGUAACAUCUCUGCUGGUACCAGCUGCUGCAUUGGGGGCUGUGGGGUAUGGAUACAUGUGGUGGAAGGGUCUUUCAUUUUCAGACCUCAUGUAUGUGACAAAGCAUAACAUGGCAAAUGCGGUUUCAAACUUGACAAAUCAUCUGGAACAAGUUUCAGAUGCUCUCGCGGCAGCAAAGAAGCAUUUAACCCAGAGGAUUGAGAAUUUGGAUGGGAAACUAGACGAGCAAGUGGAAAUAUCGAAAUUAAUUAAAAAUGAGGUGACUGAUGUUCGUGAUGAUCUUUCGCAAAUUGGCUAUGACUUGGAUUCACUGAAUAGGAUGGUUUCUGGUUUGAGUGGAAAGAUUUUGACGUUGGAAGAAAAGCAGGAUAUGACUAAUCUUGGAGUGUGGUACCUAUGCAACAAGGCUGAUGGACAUAAGAUCUCUGGCAAGGCACAGGAACAAUUUAAGCUUGCUGGCAAGUCCUUCGGUGGUUAUCUCUCAUCUGGAGGAAUGCUCACUCUUGAGGGAGUCAAAGAAAUUGCUGACAAUUUAGACUCGGGGGAUGUCCCAGAAGAUCAAUCAAGAAGGCUGACCAGGAGAAAUACGGUCAAGUUCAUUCCUUGAAGGUUUGUGGAUAGCAUAGAUGGUUCUUCAUGCACAGUAAGAGAUGGUAUUACAACGAAUCUUGAAUAAGUCUUUAUGGUAACUUAUGUAUGGGGUUGAAAGCAAAUCAUAAAGCUUAUGAUUUGUUUGUACAUAUUUACGUUAGUAGUUUUAUCUUUGAUGCUCCUAAUCUGGCUGUCUAUCAUGUGCGUAGUUGUUUCGUAUAAUUAUAUGCUUGCAUAGCUCUUUUGAUGGAGCUUUUACUUGCUUUUGUUGCUAGAGUAAGUGUACUAGUGAAUUAAUUUUCUAACC